AUGGGCAACACCAAGAGCGGCGCCGUGUCCAAAGAAAUCCUCGAAGACCUCAAACUCAACACCAAAUUCUCUGAGACGGAGAUUGUUCAGUGGUACGAGAACUUCCAGAAGCAGUGUCCGUCUGGCCGCAUAUCCAAAUCGGACUUCCAGGCCAUUUACACCAAGUUCUUCCCAGAGAGCGACGCGAAUACCUACGCCCAGCAUGUGUUCCGCUCAUUCGAUGAGAACGAUGAUGGGACUCUGGACUUCAGAGAGUACAUCAUCGCUCUCCACAUGACCUCCACCGGAAAGACCAACCGCAAACUGGAGUGGGCCUUCUCCCUGUUCGACGUGGACAAGAACGGAUACAUCACCAAGAAUGAAGUCAAGGAGAUCUGUGUGGCCAUUUUCAAAAUGAUCCCAAAAGAGGAGGUGGACUCUUUGCCUGAAGAUGAGAACACACCAGACAAGAGAGCCGACAAACUGUGGAAGAUCUUUAACAAACCAGAUGAAGGUGAGUUGGCAGAGGGAGAGUUCAUUCAGGGAGUUAUGAAUGACGAUGAAGCUCUGCGCCUGAUUCAGUACCAGAAGAUGAAAUAA